AUGAAAGCAACCGAAAAGACAGUAGACUCCUUCCAGGAGCAUAUCUCGGGACAAUCCAACAAGCCUCUCUCUCGACCACCUCACUCUUUGGAGGCUAUUCAGGUCCUCGAAGAACUCAAUGUCGACGCAAUCAAAGGCUUGGGCCCCGACGAUGCUGCCCGCCGGUUGGCGGAAUUGGGGCGCAAUGAGCUUCGUCAACAAAAAGGCGUCCAGCCUUUGAAGAUUUUUCUUGAGCAGAUUUUCAAUGCUAUGACUCUGGUCCUCCUACUAGCACUCGGCGCAAGUUUCGGCAUCCAAGCCUGGAUCGAAGGCGGCAUUCUAGGAGGCAUCAUCGUCCUCAACAUCUUCAUCGGCUUCUUCCAGACCCUCCAAGCCGAAAAGACAAUCAACUCUCUAAAGAACCUCGGCAAACCGACAUGCAAGGUCGUGCGCGACGGCAAGACGAUCGAGAUACAGACGGCCGACGUAGUACCUGGAGACAUCAUCGACUUGAAUACGGGCGACUCGGUGCCAGCGGAUAUCAGACUCAUUGAAGCCGUCAAUCUGGAGGCGGAUGAGGCGUUGCUUACUGGAGAGUCCGCGCCCGUGUCCAAGAUGCCCAACUCGGUGUUUGACGAAGAUACGGGUCCGGGAGAUCGACUUAAUGUGGUGUACAGCUCCACAGUCAUCACGAAGGGUCGCGGGCGCGGCGUCGUGUUUGCUACUGGCAUGUUCACCGAGAUUGGCCUCAUUGCUGGUGCAUUGAACGGCGGCUCGGGGAAUAAGUCCCGGGUGAAGCGCAACGAGCAUGGGAGCGCUUCAGUCCUUGCGUACCUUGCCGCUGGGUUCAUGGCUGCCAAGUCGUGGAUCGGCGAGUUCUUGGGACUGACCAUCGGCACGCCGUUGCAGAGGAAGCUCUCUCAGCUAUUUCUGUGGCUGUUCUUGUUUGCCAUUAUCUGUGCCAUCGUUGUUCUUGGCGUCAACAAGUUUGACUCUCGCAAGGAUGUGAUUAUCUACGCGGUCACUACUGCGAUUGGGACGAUCCCUGUUUCUCUGUUGCUGGUCCUGACAGUCACCAUGGCCGCGGGUACGAAGAAGAUGCUCGAGCGUCAUGUCAUUGUCCGCAACCUUUCAAGUUUGGAAGCACUUGGAGGAGUCAGCAACAUCUGCUCCGACAAGACAGGCACGAUUACCCAAGGGCGCAUGGUUGUCCGCAAGGCAUGGCUUCCGGGAUGCGGCACCUACUCUGUCUACACCACGAACGACGUAUACAACCCUUUUGCUGGUGAAGUCGAGUUUGCGGCUGGCCAACCAAAGGACAUUGACUCCGUCUCCGAGAAAGAGCACAACCUGCGGGCCGAGCCAAUUGAUACGCACCCUGAGCCUGCGACGAAGCCUGCUCUGCAAUGGUUUUUGAACGUUGCGUCGCUGGCGAAUCUGGCAACUCUGAAGCAGAACGCCGAAGAUCCCACCAGCUCUGGGGAGUGGACGGCUAGCGGAGCACCCACCGAGAUUGCUAUUGAGGUGUUCGCGUCUCGAUUUGGUUGGAACAGGGUGCAGCUGUCCCAAGGCUCAGAAGCUUCUUGGAAAGAGAUUGCAGAAUUUCCCUUUGACUCGGAUGUCAAAAAGAUGUCUGUCAUCUUCAAGAAUGUGGCCUCGGAAGAGAUGCAUAUCUUCACAAAGCUGCACAGAUUAAUCAACGCAUAUCUAUAAUACUGGCUAACAUGACCCUACAGGG